AAUUUAAGAAUAAUUUUUAUUAAUGGUAAAGCAUCUGAUAAUCAAAUUAAUAAUAGAAGUAGGUUCAACAGUAGCAAAAUCUUUCAUGAAGGCAUAUUAAUAGACAGCAAAAUGUAAACAUGAUAAAAAUGUUUAGAAUAAGGAGGAAAGGCAGCAAAUCCUUUUACAGAGUUUUUGAAUUAGACAAUGUAGGCAGCUAAUUUGACUCAUAAACCUAUGACAAGAGAAGAAGCAUUAAAAAUAUUAUAAUUAACAGCUGAGAAGGCAAAUGCGGAAGAAAUAAUAAAAGUAUAAAUAAUAUUAGAGUGUUAUAGAUUUAUUGGAGAUAGUUUCAUAAGAAUGAUCCAGUUAAAGGAGGAUCAUUUUUUAUUUAAUCAAUGAUACAUAAUGCAAAAUGUGAAUUAAUGAAAGAUUUUCCAGAUAUAAAUGAGAAGGAGAUUAUAGAGAAGAUAAAAAAGGAAGAGGAGAAUUAAAAAGGAAAGGAAGAAGAAGAGAAGUAAUAAGAAUAGAAGGAAAAUUGAUAUUAUAAAUACUAUGUAGUGAAG